AUGAAGAUGUCGUUACCAUACGAGCCUUAUAAGCUACCGCCAUCGGCGGCAACAUCCGUUCGUAUAGAAUCGGACGACGACGAAGACGACGAUGGCGACGAAGAGGAAGACUACCCAGGGGAAGGUGCAAAGGCAUUCUAUCUGUCACAACGCAUCACCUCUGAUCGUCAUUGGUUCCUCGUAAAGUUUUACGAUCAUCUGGGCAGUAUCGACGAGGGUCUUAAAGACGAAAAGACUCGCUGUCAACAUGCCUGUCAAAUGCGAAAGAUUCUGGAAGACAUGGACCCACGAGGCAAAGACAUUGCAGUGAUAGCUACCGAGGAAGGAAGAGCCGUGUGGAAUCUAUGGGUGGCUCCGCGUCUCGAAAAUCAAACGUCCAUCACAGCUGGUACCCUGAUGUCAUACAUGGGCUCUUUCAAGAAGUUUUUGAAAUUUGUCGUUCAAACCCAGAAACGUCGUUGUCUCGUCGAUGGAACACCGCGGCUAUCGGACGAAACCGUAGACGUCCUGCAUGAGAUCACUGGAAAGCUCCAGGGAUGGCGAUCCAUCAUUCUGAAACAAAGUGCGGUGCUGCGCAACGAACACUAUCUCCAGGAGUGCGAGCAACGCAUCACGCGAGAAGACCUUCAAGCAUUUUUGAGAUCACCCGUUGUGGCCGAGGCGGAGGCUCUCUUUGGCGCGGACGGCAACCGUCGAGGAUCCAGCGCUUUUCACGAGCUCGAGACUAUCUCAUCGCCCGCCUGGCAGUAUCGUGCGGCACGCGCCCCAAAAGCACUGGAAACGGCCACGUUGGAACACUUUAAACAUGCCCGCCGA